AUCAUCCAAAACAUGACAAGCUUUCAAUUGCAGACUAGCCACAUAUCGGACCAGACUAUGGAAGUGUGAUUUGGAAGAGUAGUUCAAGUUUCACCGCCGGUGGCACAUCUUACCCAAACUUGACCACUCUAACAGAAAGUAGCGACUGCCAUUGCUUGGCUACAAAAUAAUCUGCAGUACCUUCCAACUCUUUAUGAUUCACGCAUAAUCCUCGUGCUCUCCACGCUACGCUUCAUCCCAUCCCAAACACAUCUCAUCUUCCCUCAGCAACCCCGUCUAGGGGCGUCCGUCGAAGGACAUAACACGACUCCGAUAUAGUCCAGUUCCACUUACGUUCACUACAACAUCAAGAUGAAGCUCCUCGUCAUCGCUGUUCUUGCUGCAUCGGCUGUCCUCGCUCUGUCAAAUAGCGAGAUGCCGCCCUGCUUGUCGGCCUGCAUGGCACCCUAUCCCGACUCGCAUUCAGCGUCGACAUGUCUGGCAAACUGGACAUCAGCAAUAUCCGCCUGCAUCGAUGGUGCAUGCAGUGUCUCUGUCUCUUCGACAGGCAUCAACACACGCACAAGCAUGUUUUUUACGUCUAGCCACAAUACUGCAUGUCAGCAGAUGUCCAGCUUUGGAGCGACCCAACCCCAACCGAUGCUGCAGCUACGACCAGGCAUCUGCCAGACCAAUUCCUAUCGCUUCCAAUCCUUCUUGGUAUCGACCGGUCAGAAUGGUAUUCAGCAACAUUGCUCGCUUGGACUCUUCGAGGAGAACCAGUGCGCUGGUGGUACGAGAGAGGUGCCGCUUGAUGCAAACGGUGCUUCGACCGGACAGUGCUGGUUUGUUGGUGGCCAGAGUGUGAUGUUGUCAUGUGGAGAAGGAGGAGAUGCAUCCGACAAUCAAGCGGCACAUAGCUAUCUGUCUUCCUUCUGCAGUGUUAGCCAUACAGCAUCUUCGACUCGCUUACAAUCAUCCACGACGCUCAUCGCAGCAGACACAACCACCCUCGCUACCACAAUCUUAUCGAACUCGACCUCAUCAAAUCUCACCGCCGGCAACGAUCCUGCCACACCUGCCAACACACCAUCCCGAGCGACGACAAGCAUCGUCGUCAUCAUCCCCAGUAUCGUUUCAGUCAGCGGUCAUGGUGUUGAGAAAAAGGUGGCCAAGAAAGGAGGUGCUGCACAAUGGGCCUUGGUCGUCGUCGUGUUUGCUAGAAGUCUUAUGUAUUGAGGAUUGACCUUGGCGACUAUACUUAUGGAACAUAUUAUCGAUGAGAGAAAUGUAUGGUCUAUUACUUGGAGAUUGGAGAAAGAAACACAAGAGAAGGAGAAAGCACUGAGCUGGACUCAAGUGAUACAAAAUUGUCAGCAUGCAUAUUUGAUAGCUUUACAUCAAGUAUGAUCAACCGACAUGUUCCAGUCACUUCGACUCCCAAGCUAGUUCUUUGACUUCAAGAGACAGUUUGAGGGGCUACCAUAUUAAAGUGACUGAUUGCUAUCAUCGAUCGUCACCACUCGAUUCUCGGCACGGGACAGCUAUAAAAAGAAUCUCCACACCACCACCAGUCCUCUUCUUCCUUCAUCACGUAGAUCGAGGA